AGCUUAGGAAAUCAGUUCCUACCUAGCUGUGGGUGGCUGGACUGGAAGCAGACCUAGGCUUUUUGACUUCACUUGCUGCCUAGAUUCUCCUUGCUCAAGCCCUGACUUCCUAAAGGAUGGCGGGCCCUCUUCCUGCGUUUCCGAGAGUUUCUGCAGGGCUUUUCUUCUUGGCGCUUUGGGGCCUGGUUGUAGGGGACAAGCUGCUGGUAGUGCCCUUGGAUGGAAGCCACUGGCUUAGUAUGAAGGAUAUACUUGAGCGUCUCGGUGACAGGGGGCAUGAAAUCGUGGUGCUGGUGCCAGAAAUCAAUUUGCUUUUGAAAGAAUCUAAGCACUACACAAGAAAAAUCUACCCAGUGAACUACAGCCGCGAGGAGCUGGAAGAGCGUUUCCGUUCCUUCGGGAACCAUCACUUCAUGGACAGACCGUAUGUGACCGCUGCUCUCACGGAGUACAGGAACACCAUGAUCGUGAUUGACAUGUGGUUCUUCAACUGCCAGAGCCUCUUGAAGGACUCAGACACCCUGAACUUCCUCAGGGAGAGCAAGUUUGAUGCUCUGUUCACAGACCCAGGGCUCCCCUGCGGUGUGAUUCUGGCUGAGUACCUGCAGCUGCCCUCCGUGUACCUCUUCCGAGGCUUCCCCUGCUCCCUGGAGCAUGUGUUCAGCAAUAGCCCAAACCCUCCAUCCUACAUCCCCAGAUGCUACACAGAGUUCUCUGACCACAUGACUUUUCCCCAGCGGGUGGUCAACUUCCUGGUUAGUUUCUUGGAGAACCUGAUAUUUCACUGUCUCUAUUCGAGGUAUGAAGACCUGGCCUUAGAUCUCCUCAAGAGAGAUGUGCGUUUACCCUCCUUAUUUCAGAAGGACCCUGUGUGGCUGUUAAGAUAUGACUUUGUGUUGGAGUACCCCAGGCCAGUCCUGCCCAACAUGGUCUUCAUUGGAGGGACUAAUUGCAAGAAGAUAGGAGCCUUGUCUCAGGAAUUUGAAGCUUACAUUAAUGCUUCUGGAGAACAUGGAAUUGUGGUUUUCUCCCUGGGAUCCAUGGUCUCGGAAAUCCCGGAAAAGAAAGCGAUGGCCAUCGCUGGGGGUUUGGGCCAAAUUCCUCAAACGGUCCUGUGGCGCUACACUGGAACUCCACCAUCGAAUCUCGCGAAGAAUACGAUCCUUGUGAAGUGGUUACCCCAGAAUGAUCUGCUUGGUCACCCGAAGACCCGGGCGUUUAUCACGCAUUCUGGCUCCCACGGUAUCUACGAAGGGAUCUGCAAUGGGGUCCCCAUGGUCAUGAUGCCCUUGUUUGGCGAUCAGAUGGACAACGCGAAGCGCAUGGAGACGAGGGGAGCGGGUGUGACCCUGAAUGUCCUUGAAAUGACCUCCGAUGAUUUAGGAAAUGCUCUCAAGAAGGUCAUCUAUGAGAAAAGCUACAAGGAGAACAUCAUGCGCCUGUCCAGCCUGCACAAGGACCGCCCCAUAGAGCCUCUGGACCUGGCUGUGUUCUGGGUGGAGUUUGUGAUGAGGCACAAGGGGGCGCCGCACCUGCGCCCUGCAGCCCACGACCUCACCUGGUACCAGUACCACUCCUUGGAUGUAAUCGGCUUCCUCCUGGCCAUCGUGCUGUUGGUGGCCUUCGUCGCCUUCAAGUGCUGUGCCUAUGGCUUCCGCAAAUGCUUUGGGAAGAAGGGGCGAGUGAAGAAAACCCAAAAAUCCAAGACCCAUUGAGAAGCGGGUUGGGAGAAAAGGAAAAAGUUUUGCUCCAUUUUCUAAUCAAACGCAAACUUGAAAAUAGAGUCAGUGUUAAAUUCUUUUUAUGCUCAUGAAAGAAAUCCUUUGGGUAAAGUUAGACAUCCUCAAAUAUUUCUGAAAAAUAAAAAUAAUCGGAUCACUGGUCAUCCCUAUAGGCAACAGUUUUCAAAUAUGGAUUCUGCCUCCCCAGUAUCUUGAGUUAUCAAAUGACUUGCAGAGGGUGUGCUUUUCUUAGAUAAGUUGCCUCUUUGGGAGUACAGGAUUCAGAGGUGGGUGGAGGUUCCCCUCACUUCCGGGAUGGUUUUAUGGUCAUGAUUCCUGUAGCCUUCCCUUGUCAGUAGCCCAGCGCUGAUGGUUGGUCCCUCUUACCGUCAUGCUUGCUGGGUGUCGCUCUUUGUGUUCAGAGGAGACCUUUGUAAUUUUAGGGUAUCAGUGAAUGGCUUGGAAUCCUUGAAAACAGUGUGAU